GGUCAGACGAUCCGACAACUGUCCUUCUGCCUGUAACUUGAGGACACGCCCCUUCGCAGAAUGGCAUGGAUCGCGCCAUAACGUAAAGUUCUAUCUACGUAGGAUGAACAUUUACAUUUCGUAUUUUUUAUUAUACAACAUUUUACAUACUAUAUAUUAUUGUACGUUUAAUCCCAUGCAUAAACUAUGACGCGAGAAGAGGAGUUAAUUCGGAUUGCAAAAAAACUGGACAAGAUGGUGUCUAGAAAUAACACGGAGGGUGCCCUGGACCUGCUGAAUGAACUGAAGAGCUUCAACAUGACACUGAAACUUCUGCAGGAAACGAGAAUCGGCAUGUCUGUGAAUGGAAUCAGGAAGCACUGCACAGACGACGAGGUAGUUUCCCUGGCCAAGAUCCUCAUCAAGGACUGGAAGAGACUGCUGGAUGCUGCACGUACUCAGAGUACUGAAAGGCCCAAUAAGAUGAAGAAUGGGGUUGACUCCAACAAAUCCGCAGGGUCCCCAGUCAGGUCCCCCUUAGAGAAAGACACCAGUCACAAGAGGCUGGAUGAUUCUGAUUCAGAACCUGAAUCUGAAAAGGAAGAAUACUCUGAUAAACGGCAAAAAGAGAAGUACAAUGUUGAACACAAAAAAGACGAGAGAGCUGUUGAUCUUAAAAAGGAGCGAUAUACAGAGGCAUUCAAAAACAAAUGGCAUGCAGAACAAUCCAAAAAUGGAAAACAUACAGAAGAUGCCAGAAAAGAAAGACAUGUAGAACACUUAGAAGAACCCAAAAAGGAGAGACACUUCGAAAAAUCCAGAAAAGAAAGACAUGUACCUAUACAUGACACAAAAAAUGAAAGCCAUGUGCAAGAACCCAAGAAAGAAAGUAACCUCGAAGAACCCAAAAAUGAGAGCCACACAGAUGAACCGAGAAAGGAAAGACACACAGAGGAAUGCAGAAAGGAGAUGCCAAUGUCCGAACCCCCUCAAGAGAGACCUGUUGAAAACCAUAGACAAGGGUUUGAGAGGAGAGAUUCUUCAGACACUCUGUCUCCUUCUCAUCCUCGUCCCACCCCUCCAUCCAGACGUCCCUCAGUGAAGGUGAAGAAAGAGAGGAAAAAAGCUCCUCCUGACCCUAAUUCCCCGCGUCCUCCUCUUCGUCCUCAUCCUUCUAUGCCCACUGCAGCAGAGGUCAAGAAGGAGAGAAAAGAGCCUCCCCGGAUUUCUGUGGUUAGAAAAGAGCCUCCGGACCCCAAUGCUCCAUUUGCUCCUCUUCCUCUCCAUCUCCAUCCUCCCCCUCCUGUGAAGCGCCCGUCAGUGGAAGUCAAAAAGGAGAGAGAAGAGUCGUCAGAUUACAAACCCGUUUCUCUGAAGGUGACGUCAUCUGACCAUGUGAAAAAGGAUAGAAAAGACUCCGAUAGCAAAGUGCCCAAAAAAACCUCUGUUGAUGCCAAGAAAGAAAGAAAGGAUUUGUCAGAUUCCAAACCAAAACCUGCUAAAAGGCAGAGUCUGGACUCCUCAGAUUCCAAUCCAAAACGUUCUAAAAGGCCAAGUCUGGAUGGCAAGAAAGACAGAAAGGACUCCACUGACUCCAAGCCCAGCCAUUCUGUGAAACGUCAUUCGACUGAUUCCAAAUCAGACAGGAGGGACUCUGUGGAUUCCAAGACUAGCAACUCACCCUCAGCUAAGAAGCUCUCUAGCGAGACAAAAGAAUUUCAUAGCUCCAAGUCCUCUCACCCUGGCCCUCUGCAGAGAAAGUCGUCAACGGACAGUAUUGAACGGAGAGGGAAACCAGAGAUGCCAAAGAUUCCCACCACCCCCACCAGUCCCAUGUCCCCCUCCUUCAGCUCAGCAGGGGUUCCCCUGUCCCCUUGCCUUGCCACUGGAGAAACCAUCAGGGACAAGUGCAUCGAGAUGCUGGCUGCUGCUCUACGUACAGAUGACAACUUCAAAGAAUUUGGGACAAACUGUGACUCCAUGGCAGCAGAGAUUGAAGAUCAUAUUUACACGGAGAUGGGAUCCACAGAUAUGAAGUAUAAAAACAGGGUGCGGAGCCGCAUCAGCAACCUGAAGGACCCCAAAAACCCUGGACUGCGGAGGAACAUCCUGGCUGGAGGCAUCGAGCUGAGACGCUUCGCCAUCAUGUCUGCUGAGGAGAUGGCUAGUGAUGAGUUGAAGCAGCUGAGGAACAAUCUGACUAAGGAGGCCAUUAGGGAACACCAACUGUCCAAAACCAGCGGUACCAUUUCUGACCUGUUUCAGUGCAGCAAGUGCGGCAAAAAGAACUGCACCUACAACCAGAUGCAGACCCGCAGCGCUGAUGAGCCUAUGACUACUUUUGUUCUGUGUAAUGAGUGCGGGAACCGCUGGAAGUUCUGCUGAUGUGGCCCAGCUCCAAUGACGAUGUUGCAGACCACAUUUUUCUAUGAGGGGUUAUAAUGUUAAGCAAUGAGUAAUUUUACAAAAAUGAAUACCGGUACUUACGAUUUAUAAUUGACUUUUUAAGAUGGACUCCCGAGUGGCGCAGCGGUCUAAGGCACUGAAUCUCAUUGCAAGAGGCGUCACUACAGUUACUGGUUCAAUUCCAGGCUGUAUCACAUCCGGCUGUGAUUGGGAGUCCCAUAGGGCGGUGCACAAUUGGCCCAGCAUCGUCCGGGUUGUAAAUAAGAAUUUGUUCUUAAUUGACUUGCCUGGUUAAAUAAAGUUUACAUUUAAAAAAUAAUAAUGAUAAA